GAGCGCGCCCCGCCGCCGCCGGAGCGCCGGGGCCGCGGGCCCCGCAGCAGGGCAGUUCCCUCAGACAUUUUUUGCAGCUCCAGUCACUGCUCAGGACUGAACACGUGGAUUAUCUGAUCUGCUGUGGUUUCUAGAAGCAGGAAAUCCAGGAGCUGGCAGGAGGGGAAUGAACCGAGAGGGCGUCCCCGGAAAGAGUCCGGAGGAGAUGUACAUUCAGCAGAAAGUGAGAGUGCUGCUCAUGCUCCGGAAGAUGGGAUCAAACCUGACGGCCAGUGAGGAGGAGUUCCUGCGCACGUACGCGGGGGUGGUGAACAGCCAGCUGAGCCAGCUGCCCCAGCACUCCAUCGACCAGGGUGCUGAGGAUGUUGUGAUGGCAUUUUCCAGAUCAGAGACAGAAGACAGAAGACAGUAACUACAGGACUCCUGAACAACACGGAACUGGAGAGGACAGUGAGAUUCCUGAAGAGAGAGGAGGAUGGCUGCGCAUUAAUAAGUUCCUCAGCCCACCCUAAUUGUUCCUUGGUAUCCCUUCUCCUUUGUAAUGUUGUUUCCCUUUGCCCAACCCUCAGAAUGCAUCUCACAGCCAUCUGUUCCUGUCAGAUUUUGCAACUCAGCCGGGCUGUGUUCAUUAAGGACAAACCUAAAGGUGUGGUCUUGGUUGGCUCAAAGGGACAGGCUGUGGUUGGAUAAAGGAAGGCAAUUUUUCAAACUUGACCAAUGGAAACCUUUUAUCUCACAUUUUAUUUUACAUUUUAAACAAAGUCUCUUGACAUCCUAAAGAAGCUUUUCAUGCUGUGGUGCUUAUUUAGGUCAAACUUGUGAAUUUGAAGAGGGUUUGAUUUGGCUGCAUAGAACUGGAAGCAACUUGUGAUUGGGUGACAAUGCAAAAGCUUUCCCUUCAGUUGGCUUGCAGGUAUUUUGUUGACUCCAACGUUUUCAUUGCAGGAAGCUGAUGUUUUGGUGCAUUGGUUAUUUCUUUAUACUUAUUGACUUGGGGGAAAAGACAAAUGUGCUUUGCGAUAUUUAUUACAUCUACACACGUAUAAACGCUUGCUUUUGGGGGGGUUGUUUUGGUUUUUGAUUGGCUUUGAAGUCAUGGUUUGAUUUCCUUUUGGCUGCAGUGUUUCUGAUGCAAUCAGUUUUUCCAUACUCAGCUGCUCUCUGGCCUCGAGCUCUUUUGGGAGCAUGUGUCAAAGCAGAUUUGGUUCAAGAAGUCCACCUGGCCAUGCCGGAGGUGCCCAGCCCUGGUGGGCACUGGGGGCUGUGCCCGGGCCCUGGCACUCCUGCCUGCCCAGGGGCUUCUCUGGGCUUCCCACAGAGGAGCUGGAGAUGUUUAGCAGGAAUCGCAAGAAUGAGAUCCAAGGCUGUGACGUGAAUUUGCCAAAUUUGUGUAGAGAAUAUGCGAACUUGUUUAAAAUACUACAAAGUUCCACUUUAAUCCUUCGGUUGCUGCACAAGACUAGCUGUCACAUUAGGAACAAUUAAUGAUCAUUAACUUAGAUCCAGCUUGCGCUGGGCUUUAAUGAACCGAAGUUUCUAGUCACUUGAGAAAUUGUACGUGGUUUCCCUCCUUGCAGCUGUUUGGUGAAAGGGAAAUUCCCUGGAUCCUGGGGUAACAGCUUGUUCCUGAGGCACUGUUCCAGGAGGCAGCAGUGCUGCACUAGGCUGUCCAACACUGAGUGUACAGGUGGCACUCUCAGGUUUGCUCUCUGUAGCUGCAGGGCCUUAAACACACACAGAGCUUUAGAGGCUGAAAAACCUGCAGUGAAACUCCCGAGGUGCACUGACCGUUCAGGAAUCUGCACAUGGUCUCCAGCACUGCUGCCUAAAGCCAAGCACUUCAUUUUCUCUCAUGUGUGCAGGUGGUUUUUACAAAACUUCUGGAUUUUGCUGUGGGUUGCACUGACUUUGAGAUGUUUCAGAUUCUAUUAAAGCUGAACU